GAGUAGGCGCGUGGGCUGGAGGCUCGAAACACGCAUCGCCGGGAUGUGGUCGCGUUCCCGGACGCAGGCGAUGGAGAGGGCGCUGGCGCUGCCGCGGCUGCCCCCGCACGACCCGGGGACUCCGGCGCUGUCGGUGGUGGACAUGCACACGGGCGGCGAGCCCCUGCGCAUCGUGGUGGCGGGGUGUCCGGAAGUGGUCGGCCCCACGCUGCUGGCCAAGCGGCGCUACAUGCGCCAGCACCUUGACCACCUGCGACGAAGGCUCAUGUUCGAGCCUCGGGGGCACCGGGACAUGUACGGGGUUGUGUUGGUGCCUAGCGAGUUGCCGGACGCGCACCUGGGCGUCCUGUUCCUGCACAACGAGGGCUACAGCUCCAUGUGCGGCCAUGCAGUGCUGGCUCUGGGCCGCUUCGCCCUCGACUUCGGGCUGGUACUCGCACCCCCGGCCGGCGCCCGCGAGGCCCGCGUCAACAUCCACUGCCCGUGCGGGCUGGUGGCCGCCUUCGUGGAAUGCGAGGGCGGCCGCAGUCGCGGCCCGGUGCGCUUCCACAGCGUCCCAGCCUUCGCGCUGGCCACAGAUCUCUUAGUGGAUGUUCCUGGUCAUGGAAAGAUGGUGGUAGACAUUGCAUAUGGUGGAGCAUUUUAUGCAUUUGUUAGUGCUGAAAAGUUCGCACUUGACGUUUGUUCUGCAAAGACAAGGGACCUUGUGGAUGCGGCGAGUGCAGUGACGGAAGCAGUCAAAGCUCAGUUUAAAAUUAAUCAUCCUGAGAGUGAAGACCUUUCCUUUCUGUACGGAACUAUAUUAACAGAUGGAAAAGACACUUAUAGUGAGGAGCCAACCGCCAACAUCUGCGUGUUUGCAGAUGAACAGGUGGACAGAAGUCCUACUGGCUCAGGAGUGACGGCCCGAAUUGCCUUACAGUACCACAAAGGGCUUCUAGAACUGAACCAGACCAGAACCUUUAAAAGCAGUGCAACUGGCUCAGUAUUCAUGGGGAAGGCUGUGAGGGAAGCAAAAUGUGGGGAUUUUAAAGCUGUUAUAGUGGAAGUGUCUGGACAAGCCCAUUACACAGGUACAGCAAGUUUUAUAGUGGAAGAUGACGACCCACUGAAGGAUGGAUUCCUUCUCAAGUGACUUCAGUACUUGUCAGGGCUUUCUCUGAAUUAUGUGGAAAAUGAUAUCUAAAUUGUACAACUUCCUUUCUUUCUAAAGUAGUAUGCUGUAACUAAAUAUAAUCAUUAUACUUUAUAUUUACACAUGUAAUUGGUAUAAAUGUCACUGAUGUCUAACUUACAAAAUGCUGAAAAUUCAGAAUAUUUUUCUAGUUAUUAACAUAUCAGGUAAAAUUAAUAUCUUAGUCCUGUUACUUUUAAAAUGUUACUCUAUGCUACUUACUGUAAUAUUUUGUUUUAGAUGCUCUUUGAAUAAUAGCUUCAAUUGUAGCCCUCACAACAAUGACUCUUACAAGUUCAUUAUUUUAGUCUUCCAGUUUUUGAGUAAGAUAAUGUCCUCUCUCUGAGCAGGAUGUAAGGGAGAUGGAUUAUUAUAAGGUACUAAACACUUAGCCUACAUAGCCUGGGAAGGACUGGGGUGGGUCAGCUUCUUGGAACAGAUGUUAUAGCUGUUACCAGGAUGUUCUCUGUGCUGCAAAGUCCAGCUGCUACUCCAAGGUAACUGAAGUGCCAUAAGCUGAUGUGAGAAAACCAAUGAAUAAUCAGACUUCUGUUACAUCUUUAAGGCGUUUAUAAAAGGGAUUGUUGACUGCAUUAUAAACACAGUGGAAAUCAAUGAAUUACUAGAGUAGGGUGAGUCUCCUGCACUACCAACUACAUGCCAGGUAGAUUUAAAGCCCGAAAGAAAUGUUAACUAUUAAUUCUUGCUACUUAAUUAUCUGUGAACCUGUUAAAAAUAGAAUUU